GCUAAGCGAGUCAAGCAACUCAAAUCACUUCAAUAAUUUCCUCUUCUUAAAUCUCUUCCUCCUUUUUUUUUUAUUCUUAAAGCUCGUUUUCUUCCGUCUUCGGGUUUGAUCUGCUUCAACACGAUCCCUCGAGCCCCGGUACUCUGUUGGGAAUGGGUCGGUGGCUGCUAGGGCAUCGAAGAGACCCUCGAGGUGGAUUCUAAGGAUUUUAUACAUUUUACACUUUUAAGUGAUGGCUGAAAGCUGGGAUGGAAGCUACGAUUCCAAUAUACGAAGUUAUGAAGCUAGCAGACACUCUGACGAGAGCUAUCAUGAAAAACUGCACAUUGAGCCUAUCUAUGAGUCAUUUGUCUGCCCGUUGACGAAACAAGUCAUGCAAGAUCCUGUUACCAUAGAAAGUGGGCAGACUUUUGAGAAAGAGGCAAUUGAAAGGUGGUUCAAAGAGUGCAAGGACAAUGGGCGGAGGGCUGUUUGCCCAUUGACACUGAAAGAGCUGAGCAACACUGAUCUCAAUCCCAGCAUUGCUCUGAGGCAUACCAUUGAGGAAUGGACACAAAGAAAUGAAGCUGCUCAGCUUGACAAUGCCUGUAGAUCCCUAGGUCCUGGGGCCUCAGAAGGUGAUAUUUUACAAGCAUUAGAUUAUGUUGUGAAUAUUUGCAAGAAAAGUAGGUCAAACAAGCAUGUGGUCCGAAAUGCUGAGUUAAUACCAAUGAUUGCUGAUAUGUUAAAGAGUAGCAGCAGAAAAGUGCGAUGCAAAGCUUUGCAAACUCUCUGUGUAGUUGUUGAAGAUAAUGAUGACAAUAAGCAGGAAGUUAUGGCUUCUGGGGAUACUGUUCGAACAAUUGUGAAGUUUCUAUCACGUGAUCACUUCCAGGAGAGAGAAGAAGCAGUGUCUCUGUUGCACGAACUUUCAAAAUCCGAAUCUCUUUGUGAAAAGAUUGGUGGAGUCAAUGGCGCUAUACUUAUAUUGGUUGGUUUAUCAAGUAGUAAAUCAGAAAAUGUCUUGACUGUUGAAAAAGCUGAAAAGACGCUGGAAAAUCUAGAGAAAUAUGAGAAGAAUGUUAGGCAAAUGGCUGAAAGUGGAAGACUAAAACCUCUUCUUACACUUUUACUUGAAGGUUCACCUGAGACGCAGCUAUCCAUGGCAGAAUGCUUGGGGGAUCUUGUUUUAAGCAAUGAUGUCAAGAUCUUUGUAGCCCAAACUGCUGGUUCUGCUCUUGUUGAUGUCAUGAAGUGUGGGAGUAAGCAGGCUAGAGAGGCUGCACUUAAGGCACUAAAUCAGAUCUCAUCACAUGAGGCAAGUGCUAAGAUACUUAUCCAAGCCGGUAUCCUACCUCCUCUUCUCAAGGACCUCUUCACUGUUGGAGUUAACCAACUUCCAAUGAGGCUGAAAGAGGUAUCUGCUACUGUACUUGCAAACAUUGUUGCAUCAGGUGCAUGCUUUGAAUCCACUCUACUUGAUCAAGGUCAACAAACUCUAGUCUCUGAGGAUAUUGUCCACAAUCUUCUUCAUCUUAUUAGCAACACUGGUCCUGCAAUUGAAUGCCAGCUCUUACAGGUACUUGUGGGGCUCACAAGCUCUUCCACAACUGUCCUAAAAAUUGUUUCGGCCAUCAAGAGCUCUGGUGCUACCAUCAGUCUCAUACAGUUUAUUGAAACUCCUCAUAGAGAUAUCCGCAUGGCUUCAAUAAAGUUGCUGCAUAAUAUCUCUCCUUUCAUGGGUCAGGAACUUUCAGAUGCCCUGCAGGGCACUGCCGGCCAGCUUGGUUGUUUGAUUAGAGUUUUCUCAGAAGACAAUGGGAUUACAGAGGAACAAGCAGCUGCGAUUGGAUUCUUAGCUGAACUUCCAGAGGGAGAUUCAGGUCUGACAAGGCGACUUCUUGCUGAAGAAGCCUUUUCGAUUAUCAUUUCCAAAGUUAUGAAGAUCCGACAUGGUUGCAUUCGGGGAGGCCGGUUUGUCACCCCUUAUCUUGAAGGGCUAGUUAGGGUCCUCUCUAGGUUUACAUUUCUAUUGGAGAAUGAAACUGAACUUAUAGCCCUUGCCCAGGAACAAAACCUUGCAGCACUCUUCGUAGAUCUCCUUCAAACUAAUGGUAUAGAUAAAGUGCAGAUGGUUUCUGCUUUGGCAUUGAAGAAUCUUUCAAAGCAGUCGAAACAUUUGACAAAAGUACCAGAGCCUCCGGAACCAGGGUUCUGUGCUUCAGUAUUUCCUUGUUUCAGUAAACAGCAAGUUGUGACUGGGCUAUGCCAGGUCCACCGUGGGCGCUGCUCUAUAAAGGAGAGCUUCUGUUUACUGGAGGGGAAGGCGGUCGAGAAAUUGGUGGCUUGUCUUGACCACAACAAUGAGAAGGUGGUGGAGGCCGCAUUAGCUGCACUAUGUACUCUGUUGGAUGAUGGGGUGGAUAUUGAGCAAGGAGUACUUGUUCUUUGUGAAGCCGAAGGGAUUAAACCAAUACUUGAGGUCCUACUGGAAAAUCGAACUGACGUACUAAGGCAGCGGGCUGUGUGGGCAGUGGAGAGGAUUCUGAGGACGGAGGAUAUUGCUUAUGAGAUCUCAGGAGAUCAGAAUGUGGGUACAGCUCUGGUUGAAGCUUUCCGCCACGGUGACUAUCGAACCAGGCAAAUUGCAGAACGGGCAUUAAAGCAUGUUGACAAGUUGCCUAAUUUCUCUGCAAUAUUUCCCAAGGUUGGAAUUUGAUUAGUAGGGGUGGGCAGAAGCUUGGUUUUUGUGCUUUUCUGGAGGACCUGUUGAAGCCAACAAGAGAUGGGAUUAUGAUUGUAAGAUGCUUAGAAUAUUAUAGUUCCUAUUAAUAAUGUUGUUUUUUGCGUGAGUUAAGAAGCCAUUUUAAUUAAUUCAGUAUGUCCAGGCAUGCCUUCUUUUAUUUCUCAGAUGUUUUGAGGCUGCUUAAAGCGGUUGUAAUGUACCGUCUACAUCAAAGUUGUACCGAGAACUCACUGUAUGCUUGAUUUGUUGUAUGUUUUAUA